AUGGGAGCUGCACGUGUCAAGCGGCGUUUCAGCGCUGCAGCAGACACUCCUUUUAAUGAGGAGGAAGUCAUGAAGUUGGCUCAGAGUGAUGAUGUCACUGGGGCUUGUACAGGAGAUCUCUCUUCUCCAACUUGCAAUGGCAUGCUGCUUAACCAAAACAAUGGAGGACCAGGGAUGCUCUGUGAGAGAAACGAGGAAGAUGAUGAUGAUGAUGAUGAUCAGGAUAACAAUGAUGGAGGAAGAUGGAGAGGAAGAGAAGGAGGCUGUGGCUUUAUGCUUGAGGGUGUGACGAGGAGAGAAGGGGGCUGGGAGCGAGUUGAAAGGACUUUGUCUGUCUCUCCUUCCUUAUCGACCCCUCUUACUGCCCAACCUCACUUUCGGCCUCGCAGACGAUUUGUACAUAAAGAUGGCCACUGCAACAUCACUUUCAUCAAUAUGAGCAAGAGGGGCCAGCGAUACCUUUCAGACCUCUUCACCACCUGCGUAGAUAUCCGCUGGCGCUGGAUGCUGGUGAUCUUCACCCUCUCAUUCUUGCUCUCCUGGCUUCUUUUUGGAUUGGUCUUCUGGCUUAUUGCAGCUGCCCAUGGGGACUUAAGUCCCCUACAAUCAUCCUCCAUCACCCCCUCCUCAUCCUCCUCAGCUACCUCUUCUUCUUCUUUGGUUUUGUCAGAGCAAUCUGUGGAUACUUCUGUAACGCUGCUGGAGCCUGAGGAACCGCUGGAGCCUGACCACUGUUUUCAGCAGGUGAACAACUUCGUGGCAGCCUUCCUCUUUUCUCUGGAAACACAGACUUCUAUAGGGUAUGGCUUCCGAAGUGUGACUGAGGCCUGCCCCCUGGCGGUGCUUGCUGUCGUUUUGCAGUGCAUUGUGGGCUGCAUCAUCGACGCUUUCAUCAUCGGGGCGGUCAUGGCCAAGAUUGCCAAGCCCAAGAAGCGCAAUGAGACCCUGGUGUUCUCAGAUGUGGCCGUGGUAGCUAUGAGGGAUGGGAAGCUCUGCAUGAUGUGGCGAGUGGGAAACCUGCGCAAAAGCCACCUGGUGGAGGCUCACGUCCGAGCACAGCUGCUGAAGCCAAGGGUGACCCCAGAGGGAGAGUUUCUACCUUUGGACCACAAGGAUAUUAAUGUGGGCUUUGACGCAGGAACUGACCGGAUCUUUCUGGUGUCUCCGGUGACCAUUGUGCAUGAGAUUGACGAGGAGAGCCCUUUCUUCGAGAUGGACCGGAGGAUGCUGGAGUCAGAUGAAAAGUUGGAGGUAGUGGUCAUUCUAGAGGGCAUGGUCGAAGCCACCGCUAUGACCACACAGUGCCGCUCAUCUUACAUUGCAUCGGAGAUUCUCUGGGGUCACUACUUUGAGCCUGUGCUAUUUGCAAAGAAAUCUGGCUAUCAGGUGGACUACUCAUACUUUAACAGGACAUAUGAAGUCCCUGACACGCCAUCCUGCAGCGCUAAAGACCUAGCUGGGAAGCAGUACAUCUUAAGCUCCCAUUCCUCUUUCUGCUACGAGAAUGAAGUGGCUCUGCAGCUCUCCUCCUCUGCCCUUCCCUUCCCCAACAGCAUCAUCUCUCCAUCCCCCUCUUCCCCUCCUUCACCCUUUCUUCUCAAUCCUAAAGGAGACAUCUGCACCGAGCACCCACAUACACACGCUCACAUCCAGCACAGGGGUCAAAGUGGAGAAUUAGGGUCACAAAGAAUGUGA